GCGCUUGCGUAUGUCCUUCAGAGCUUUACAUUGACUCGGGCAGACAUGGCGUCCUCCUGCACAAGGCAGCUACUUGCGCGCUGCAUGUCUUCAUCUACGGCUGCAGCCAAGAAGCUCGCCAUCAAACAUGUGACAGUGAUCGGAGGCGGCCUGAUGGGAGCCGGGAUAGCGCAGGUGGCUGCAUCUACAGGUCACACAGUUGUGCUGGUUGAUCAGACAGAUGACAUCCUAAAAAAGUCUAGAAAAACCAUUGAAGACAGCUUGAAAAGAGUAACAAAGAAGAUGUUUGCAGAUAAGCCUGAGGCUGCCUCCCAGUUCAUUGAAAAAAUCCUUGCCAACUUUACAACCAGCACAGACCCAGCAGCUGUUGUGCACAGCACUGACCUUGUGGUUGAAGCCAUUGUUGAGAAUUUGGACGUGAAGAAUGAGCUCUUCAAAAGACUAGAUAAAUUUGCCCCUGAACAUACAAUAUUUGCUAGCAACACCUCAUCAUUGCCAAUUACGGAUAUAGCAAAUUCCACAACCAGGCAGGACCGGUUUGGUGGACUGCAUUUCUUUAACCCUGUGCCAAUGAUGAAGCUUAUUGAGGUCAUAAAGACUCCAAUGACAAGCCAAACAACCUUUGAGUCCCUGAUGGAUUUUAGUAAAGCUCUUGGAAAAACACCAGUGUCAUGCAAGGACACCCCUGGCUUUAUUGUUAACCGCCUCCUUGUGCCAUACCUAAUGGAAUCUGUCAGACUUUAUGAGCGAGGGCAUGCAUCAAAAGAAGACAUUGAUGUUGCAAUGAAGCUUGGAGCAGGCUAUCCCAUGGGUCCUUUUGAGCUGCUGGAUUACGUUGGCCUUGACACUAGUAAAUACAUUAUUGAUGGGUGGCAUGCGUUGGAACCGAACAAUCCGUUAUUUGCGCCUAGUGAAUUGUUAGAUAAGCUGGUUGCUGAGAAGAAACUUGGCAAGAAGACGGGAGAAGGAUUUUAUAAAUACAAAUGAAAGUAAUGCCACACGCUCUAUUUUGUAACUGUCCGGCGACUGUGGGAGGGGAGGUCAGGUCUGUCUUGCUAAUUAACACAGAAUAGCUGUUGCUCUCUCGCUACAUAACGGAAAAUUCUAUUGAUCUGAUUUUUUGAUUCCCAUCGUAUCACUCCGUAGUGCCUUGGAGCAAGGGUUGUUCACUGCGGCUCAGAAUCCUUUUCUAAUGCCUUAAGGAAAACUUCUAACAAACAACUCAUUUGCUGAGUUAAUAAAUGUGACUAUGCCAGAAA